UGUGAUUGAAGUGUCCGAAGUUUCAAACUUCAAAAUGAGAAAAAGAAUGAACAAAGAAACAGUUACCUCGUUUUUCCUAUUUUUUAACAUAUGUUGUUCUAUAUGUAUUGUACUCUUGAAUAAGUGGGUAUAUGUCCACGUAGGUUUCCCUAAUAUCGCUUUAACUUUUCUGCAUUUCGUUGUUACUUACAUCGGCUUGGAAGUAUGUAGAAGAUGCAGUGUUUUCGUAAAAAAGUCUGUGCAGGUUAAGGACAUUAUUUCGGUAGCUAUAACAUUUUGCGGGUUUGUGGUUUUUACGAAUCUUAGCUUGCAGCAUAACACUGUAGGUACUUUUCAAAUCGCUAAAUCAUUGACGACGCCUUUCAUCAUUAUCUUGCAAAUGAUGUUAUAUGGGAAAAAGUUUUCUGUGCGCGUGAAGUUGACGCUGAUUCCAAUAACAGUCGGUGUUUUCCUGAAUUUUUAUUAUGAUCUGCAGUUCAGUUUCUUAGGGACGGUGUACGCUUCUGUGGCUGUGGUUGUAACGUCAUUUUAUCAAGUGCUUGUCAGUAAAAAGCAGCAGGACUUGCAAGUGGAUCCUAUGCAACUUCUGUACUACCAAGCUCCAAUAUCAUCAUUGAUACUACUUAUACUUUUACCAUUCAUUGAACCAGUAGUGUUCACAAUAUCCCACAACUGGAGAACUGCAGAUGUUUGCAUGAUACUUGCAUCAUGUUUCAUUGCCUUUUUUGUAAACAUCUCAAUAUACUGGAUCAUUGGAAACACUUCACCACUGACAUACAACAUGGUUGGACACCUUAAAUUUUGUGUCACCAUGCUAGGUGGUGUACUGUUGUUUGAAGAUCCUCUUCAUAUUAAUCAGGGUGUUGGUAUUUUGCUCACAGUUAUUGGGAUAACUUCUUAUGCACAUGUGAAGGUUACUGAGCUGAGACCAGUGCCCAAAACAGUAGAAGAAGGUUUCCAAAUACUCCCUGGUGGUAGGAUUAGCUAGUUUUGUUUCUGGAAGCUGAGCACUGGUUAAUGUGGCUGAAACCUUUUCAGUCUAGCCAUCAUCUUCAUCCUACAGACAGACAAUUUUUCUCAUCUAGGAACUCGUGCUCAUCUUGUGUCAAAAUUUGUAUUCUGAAAGAGAAAAUGAUAUUGGUAUAUUGCAACAUUCUUAUCACCGCAGUAGUUCAGUGAUAAUUUAAGAAAGAAUUAUUGGCAUGUAAAACAGUAAAUGCACAUUUGUUCUGUAUCUUAUGAACUGUAAUUCUUCAUAGUGAAACAAAUGUGCCCAAACAUUGGUGAUGCUGUUUAUGAGUAAAAGGUGAAAUUUUAAAUUUAAUUUAUCAUGAUGCAGUGCUUGAUAGUUAAGUUGUAGCAUUCAUGUAUGUAUGUUAGGUGUGUAAACAUGAUCUAGUUCAAUCCAGUGUGCGUAACAUGCCAUAGGAAUCUUUUAGUUUUAAUAAAACCUUGUCUACUGAUAAAUAUAAACAUUAAUUGAUCUAUGUGAAAAGACAAUAACAAAAUAUUAGUUUUGUAUGAUAUGCAUUUACAUGCUUUUUAGUAUAUGCACUAAUGUGCACUUUUUUUACAAUUUCAGGGACAACAUGUAAUGUGUUAUUGUCAAUAUCUUUACUAUGUAAAGAAGAUAUGAUGAAUGCAUUAAGACAUGACAUCCUCAUACCAUAAUUAUACUUACUUGUUUAUCUUUCACAAAUCUGUAAUUCAUUCAUUCAUGGCCAAAAGUGCUAUUUGUGAUACAUUUCUCUACAUGUUAUUAAGGAAUACAUGUUAUACAUACACAAAUUAGAACUGUGUGUUUAUAUUUUGAUUCAGAUUCAUGUUAUUUGGACCAGAAAUGUAUGUAUUUCCUCUUGUAUUUGUCCUGUUAAGAAGUGACCCAAACAUUGUGGUGAUAUAAUAAUAUGCUGGAAACAGCAACAGCAGCAGCAGCAGCAGCAGCAACAACAAUAACAAUUAAAAGAUUCUUAGUUUAACUAAGGCUAGCCAUAGUAGUUGGGCUUUUUGCUCCAUCAAAAGCACAUGAUAUAUUAGACAUUGAUAACUUGAUGCUUGCUGUUUUCUGUCCAUUAAAUAUUUCCUGAUAAUUUUGAGGAAUGUUCCCUUUCCCAUGGAAUUUACAUCAAGGAAAUGUUAAAUGUAUACAUCAAAAGUGGACAGGUCAACAUUAAAAUGAUACAUUAGCUGUGAAUUUGAUUGACUUGUAUUUCUGUCUGUCAAUUGGUACUUUUUAGCUCAGCUUCCUGGAUUAACCAUUUAUUUAAACAAGCAUCUGGAAUUUUAUCUACAUGGUGCCCCUGGAGGAAUAGUCAACAUUUAGGAAUGUGUCAGAAACAACCAUUUGAAGCAAAGAAGUCUAGUAAACAGGGGCUCUCAAAUGCAUACCUUAACAGCUAUGGGCUCUUGUUCAGUAGAUGAGAUGUGUUUCACAAUAGCAAAGAUGAAGUACUGCUCAUAGCUCUUAAGGAAUGCAUUUCAGAAUCCAUGGUUGGUAGACAUUUUUUUUUUUUGUUUGAAACUGUCAUUCCUGUCAUAUACCUGAAUACUGGCUAUUCCUCAUGGGACAUCCUAUACAUUUUAUUGUGGUACUUUUAUCUAGUCAAACUGUUGUAAAUAUCAUCCCUUGUAAUAUGAUUCAGUGUAACACUUAAUUCCCAGAAAGUACAGUUCAGAAUUUUGUUGUUUUUUCUCUAUUAUCCUCCUGGUAACUCAUUCUUCACAGCAGUAUUUCAUCACUGAAAGUGUUACUAGUUUCUAAAAUUUAAUUUCAGUUUAUCUUCAUGUUUCAUGAAAAUUCCUUUGAAGGGAAGAUGGAAGUAUGUUGUUUAAUGUCUUAUUAGUAUCUACAUUAUUAUCAAUGAUUGGACGGCGAUGAAGGAAGACAACAGCUAUGCUCUGUUUAAGGAAUCAUCACUGUAUUUAGCAGAAGUCUUUUAGAGAAACUGUGGAGAACCUAAAUUAUGGGGGCCAGAUGGAAAUUUGAAGCUUGCUUGUCCAAAAUAUGAGUCGAGCAUCUUAACUACGUUUCCAUCUCACUCAAUUGGUACCACAGAUUGCUCUGAACUUUUUUACUUUGCUGUGUAUGUUAUUAAUGUAUCCAUGUGUAAUCAUAAAAACAAAAAAGUUAAGAUGCCAUAUUUUUUACUGUUACAUUUUAUUGUUUCAGUACCCUAUCAACCUUUGUAACAAAGAUAAAAUUAUACAAUAAUAGGGUAUCUAACAUGUGGAGUGCUCUU